CACGUCAUUACCGCCUAUAUAUAGACCGAUCAUUAGUCAAAAUUCAACAAAUUCUGCAGUUCACAUAUACUCUGCGUUCUCUUGAAAUUGUCGUUUGCAAAAUAUUUGCAGCAUCCAAGAACAAUGACAAGUUGGUUGUUGCUAGUGGUGUGCCUUGGCAUAGCUUGUCAAGGUAUCACAGGCGCCACUGUUCGAGAAAAUUCUUCGAGAAACUUGGCAAAUUCGAUGAACGUGAUUCUCGAAUGGAAGUAUCUUGAUUAUGAUUUCGGUAGCGACGAAAGAAGACAAGCUGCGAUUCAAUCUGGCGAAUAUGACCAUACGAAAAAUUAUCCUUUCGAUGUCGAUCAAUGGCAUGAUAUAACUUUUGUCACCGUACCAAGAUUUAAAGGUGUACCUUCCUCUUUAAAUAUGAUAUCUGAAAAAACUGGCAACGGUGGACCUCUUCUGCAGCCGUAUCCUGAUUGGUCGUCGACAAACUAUAAAGAUUGCUCUGGAAUUGUGAGCGCUUACAAAAUUGCGAUCGACAAGUUCGACAGAUUGUGGGUUCUGGACUCAGGUAUUAUCAAUAAUACUCAACCCAUGUGUUCACCAAAAUUGCAUGUCUUUGAUCUCAAUACCUCACAGCAACUUAAGCAAGUUACGAUGCCACAUGAUAUUGCUGUAAAUGCCACCACAGGAAAGGGAGAACUCGUAUCACUAGUUGUUCAAGCUAGGGAUCCCAUGAAUACUAUGGUGUAUAUGGCAGAUAACAAAGGUGAUGCUUUAAUCAUCUACCAAAAUUCCGAUGAUUCUUUCCAUCGAUUGACUUCCAACACUUUCGAUUACGAUCCCAAAUAUACCAAAAUGAUGGCCGCAGGAGAAAGUUUUACAUUGCAAGAUGGAAUUUUUGGAAUGGCACUCAGUCCCAUGACAAACAAUCUUUAUUACAGCCCUCUUUCUUCUCGCAGUUUGUAUUAUGUUAACACCCAACCCUUCAUGAAAUCACAAUAUGGAGCAAAUAACGUACAAUAUGAAGGAGUUCAAGAUAUUUUUAAUACUGAAUCGAUUGCUAAAGUAAUGUCGAAAAAUGGCGUUCUCUUUUUCGGUCUCAUGAAUAAUUCAGCUAUUGGUUGUUGGAAUGAGCAUCAACCACUUCAGAGACAAAAUAUGGAUAUGGUCGCUCAGAAUGAAGAGACACUUGAAACAGUCGUUGCUAUGAAAAUGAUGCAUCUCUCACAAUCCAACAGGAUGAAUUGGAUGAAUAGGAUGCAUAACAUGAAUAGGAUGGAUAAAAUGAAUGGAAUGGAUAGGAUAAAUAGGAUGGAUAAUAUAGAUAGGAUGGAUAGAAUGGAUAGAAUGGAUAGGAUGGAUAGGAUGAAUAAAAUGGAUAGAAUGGAUAGGAUGGAUAGACAAAAGAAUGAAUAUAUGAUGGCUUUAAGUAUGAAAUUACAGAAAUUUGUAAAUAAUGAUUAUAAUUUCAACGAAGUAAACUUCCGAAUUUUGGGUGCAAAUGUAAACGAUUUAAUAAUGAACACUCGUUGUGCAAUUUCUGAUAAUCAGAAUGACAAUCAAAAUAAGCAUAACAAUUAAGGUGAUCAUUCUUUAUAUUAAAAUCUGUUAAUUAGUCUUUUUUUAUAAACCAAAUAUUUUUUAAAAUUUCUUUAUAUUAUAAAUGAAUAAAAUAAAUAUCGUUUUUGCAUGA